UAUUCCGUUAACCGCUGCGAAGCCUCCGAAUUAUGGAAUUCAUUUCAGAUCCAAGUCCUACUAGCUCCUCGAUACUCGGCAAAGGAAUUCUGCGAAAUGGCGCUUUUGUUUCUCAAUAUUAGGAUGUCCACAGAGGCACGGAGCGGAUGCAUCUUGAGAGCUAAGAACUUGUUAGUCGGAUUUCAUUUGUUUCAGGAUCACAGGAAGUAUGGCGCAGCCCUGUGGUUCCAAACAAUGUGGAAGAUGUAUGAAGUUGUAGAAAUGGGAAAGAAAUGGGGUGAUGACCUGCCAAACUUCUUCGCCACGUUGAUCUACCACAACCCGGAUUUUAUGGAUUGGGGACCUCUUUACGACACCAUAUUCACACGCAUCAUUCGUGCAAUGGGGCUUUGUGUCAGAGAAGGAAAAAUAACAGUCGGUGACGGCUCUGGUUCUUCCAGUCUCGAUGGAUUUGCUCGAUUCGUGUCCUCUACUAUCGGUGGGCCAUGCAGCUGCCAAAAACAACUUGAGAAAAUGAUGAGGACAAUAGAACCAUUUUUGCAUCCAGCAAAUGAAGGCGAUCACACGGCUCUCGUGCUCAGCUUCCUUCAAUACCUCAUUCGGGAGUUCCUUGGUCGGUACGAAGACGAGAGAAUAAAGAAGAUUAAGAGAAAAGUCGGUUUUUCUGAGCUACCUGCAAAACUUCUUAUGAUGCUUGGGACCCUGGAGCCUGGACACGUGUUCCCCCGUUUCUUAGACAAGUGCGGUUCAAGGCACGUCUAUCCAGCUGUGUUCGCUGUGUGUGAACCACAUCGUUUGACGCAAACCCUUGACUGCAUGUUUGAACUGGUGUUUAUCAUCGCCAGCGACGAGAAACAGGGAAUCGAACGGCGAAAGAUGGAGAAGGACUGGGUAGCAGAAAUGGAAAAGGUACUUUAA